CGCAAAUCUUUGGGCGCCGCUGCGAUCUCACUUCGAAAUGUAACUUGAUUGCGCAGUUUCUCAUCAAAUUGUACCUUUUCGCGUUGCAAUCCAUUGAGAGCUCGACGUUACGGUGGACUGGCACCACGCGCCACCGCAUUUGGACUAUUGAACACAUCGGCACAAUGCACUUGAAGCCAUUUCACGUUUCGCGCCUCGUACUUGGCAUAUUAGCCGUCUCCAUCAACCUCGUUGGAGCCCAAAAUGGCACCAACCAAGGGGCUAACGUUGCGGAGGCAGAUUUGCUGUGGCCACGGGAGGGUGAGACCUUCGCACUUAACGGCAAGGGAAUGGCCAUGGUAGUUGCGAUUCAAAACUCCGCCGAAGCCCAGAAAUACGGCUGGAGAGUGUCUUGGCUAAUGUGUCAAAACCGUACAGACAUGUUUCGGGAGUGCGCCUUCACGGGCGACUUCAGCGAUUCACAUACGGCUUUGAGGAAUGACUCGGUAGUCGACGAGAGAAGUGGCAACGACCACGGCAACGAUGUCUACAUCGAGAUCAGCCAUUCCUACUGGUAUUCUGGUUCUGGGAGCGCAGACUUCGAUUAUCACUUUGGCGGAGUGUACACCUUUGAGUGGCGCUUCUCGAUAGGGCCAUGGUGUGAGUUUACCAACACGAGCACAUCGUAUAGCAUAUCUCAACUCAUCAGUCGUGGUGUGUUCAAUGUCACGCUGGCCCCAUCCGCGCCUUACCCAACGCCAACACCGACGACGUGUGGCAGCUUCUUGGGAGCUGUAAGCUAUGCAGGGGCGGCGGAAUAUGUGUUUGGCCAUAGCGUUGCCAACUCACCUGGAUGCGUUCAGACGCAGCCCGUGACUAUCGCUCCAACACCAUGUCGUGCGACGCUCGGCGCUGGACAAUUAGCCACAGCGGCCGCUCUUAUGGGCUGGGAUCAAUCAAAUCCAAACGCUACAUCAGCCAUCUCAGUCCCGACGGAAACCGGGAAGAGCCUCUCCAGCACAACAGUAGCUAAUGGGUUGCGUGUUUUUGUUGCUUUAUUAUCCGCUAUCAUGCUGCGAGAUUACUUGUGGUAACGAUGCCAUUGAUUAGCAAACAGUUCAUUACGUCUUCAAAAAAAAAAAAAAAGAAGAUCCUGUUCUUUGACAAGGCUUACACCAGCUGGUCCUAGUUUAUUUAGAUGGAAGGUUGGCUACACCACUAUUUUGGAUGAUGUAGAAAACUACCUCAAUUCGGCACAAAUAUCCAUGAAUUAGAG